AUGUAUAGUGAACAGAUGGAGCUUAACGAAAGCCAAGCUCAGAGUAUUGUACUUGAUAAAGAUUUAUCACCUUGUGUGAAAUCAUUGACACAGCGUCGUCGAGGUGAGGUGGAAUCUACAGUUGUGUACGUCCCAAUGAUUAUCGCCUUCUGCGCAUGUAUAUUUAUAAUAAUAGAAAACAUAUGUACAUGGGCGAUUCACAGAUGA